AUGUCUCCUUAUAUGCUAGUCUAUGAAAAAGCAUGCCACCUACCUAUUGAGCUUGAGCAUCGUGCAUUGUGGGCAUUGAAGAGGCUGAAUAUGGAUUCAAUGACAUAUGGAGAGAAAAGAUUGUUGCAAUUGAACGAAUUAGAAGAACUCAGAAAUGAGGCCUAUGAGAAUGCAAAAAUUUACAAGGAGUGCACCAAGGCAUGGCAUAAUAAGAACCUUAUUCUUAAGGAAUUUCAACCGGGGCAGCAAGUUCUCUUAUUCCAUUUAAGAUUGAAGUUAUUUAUGGGAAAGCUUAAGUUGAGAUGGUCAAGUCCAUACACAGUACUGAAAGUCUUCCCUUGUGGUGUUUAUUGUGAAUUGAGCGUAUUUGGUGGGUGA